AUGAUCACAGCGCAAGCUACUCCCCAUCAGCCUGGGGUUCGAAAUGUCAGGUUUCGCAUUGAAUACGUUAAGCCAACGACUCCGGAAUCGAUUCUCACUCUCUGGGGUGGCUUCCCAUACGAAUUGCGCAUCUAUGACGUUUGCCAAAAAGUUUCUCAGGCUAUUGGCCUCCCUGGAACUUCUUUUGGAUUGCAAUAUUACCCCGGUGGCCCCUUUAUCCCAAUGAGCAAGUCGGUUGAGGAUGCCUGGAGGGAUGACCCGAAUAAGCUAGACGAAGCCCUUAUCCUGGCAAAAGUCUAUGUGCUUCGUGGGCUUUACAAUCGCAUCGUCUAUGAUCAAGACGAUGAGACCUCGGCCAAUGCGGAACCGAGUUCUUCCAAGCAAAAC